AUGGCGCUGGAAGUUGAAAGUGCGGAGUAAGUUUUUGUAGGUUAUAAAGUAAUUUCUUUUCCUUUCUGUAUAGAUUUGUUUACAAAACUUACUCGAUUGUCUUGCUGUAUCUUUCUAGUGUCGUAAGGUUAAUUGAACAAUAUUUGAAAGAGAAUAAUCUGCCAAGAACCUUGGUUGUUUUACAGGUAAGGUGGUUGGAAAUUUGAAAUAAUUGAAUAUUUGAAUUCAUAAUAUAUUAACCAUGCGGGGAAAUUUUACAUCUUGCCGUACUCGAGUAAUCAUUGAAUACACGCAAGUACUUUUACUCGUAAAAUAUUACAAGUAAUGCUGUCAAAUACAUCAUACAUGUUCACGUUUUGUAGGCACUGGCAGGCAAAUAUUUUUGCCUGGCUACAAGCCUGACUACAGCUUUGUUGUGCUUUUUAAAGUAUCAUCUUUCGUGCUGGCCUUGCCCCAUAUAAACAGCUAUAUCUAAAUAAAAGCUACCAAAAUUUGUGUGUAUAAGGUAUAGAAGACUCUGAAAAUGCCAUUUCCAACGAUCUAGAGAAUCCUUUUUCUCAAAUUUUUCCGCUCGGCGCCUUGUGGGCCCACCAAAGCAAAAUCUCACGGAUUGUUUUUUCCCAAAGUUGGCAACUAUGUUACAUAGCCAUUUAACACCUCUUCUGCGCGGCCUAGAUUUUUUCGAAAAUCUAGCAGUAAAUAAUAUAGAAAGUGUUAAAAUAUCUUGUCCGAUAUAUCUCAGUUGUGUCCAAUACAAACUUCCCACACUGGAUCAGUUUUGUGGUUGGAAAUGAGUACUGACCUCUUGCAUCCCAACGGCAUGCCUGUCAAAACAGGGUAUCCUAGGUAGUGGCGCUACCUGCAAGUGUCUGAAGCUAAGUGCAAUCCUUGUCUGAAUUCUGAAGUUUUUAUGCAUACUAACUAAAAAAAUACUUAAAAUUUUCCACAAACUAAUUGCAAUAUUUACAUUUUCUGGAUUUCUAUUCUUUGAAUAUUAUUUAUUAUUUCACAAUUUACAUUUAUUUAAGUAUUACUAAGAACAUUGCAUGUAAACCGCUGGCCAGUCGAGCCCGCAUAUUUUUCGUGCGCUAGACAAUGACAUUUAAGAAUUUCAAAAAUUUAAAUAAGUUGAAUUAUUCAUCGAGCAACAAACUAUGCAAAUUUUUUUUUUUUUUUUUUUUACAAGAUUCGCCAAACAUAACAGACAUAAAUAAGACUAAUACUUUACAAAAUUUACAUACAAUUCGGGCAGGGACUAGCCACAGAUAUAAUCUCCAAUUAUGGGGCCCCUCACAAUAAGUUACAAUAUAUAACAUUAAAACAAAUUAUGCUAAAAUGUCAACAACAUGUCCUCACUAAUAAACUAUCAAGAAACCGAGUUGAUAGUUUAUUAGUGAGGACAUGUUGUUGACAUUUUAGCAUAAUUUGUUUUAAUGUUAUAAUUGUAAGGGUAAAUGUUAUAUGGAAAAGGAAUUUUUAAUAAAGUAAAUGAAUAAGAGGGUGUAUUGUGGAGACUGCAAGAAGAGUUGGUCCAGAAAGGCUGGUUUUGAUGAGCAUUUUAAGCUAACCCAGAUAAAGAGUGGUGAUCGUGGCGGUGCUCUUAUUAAAAACCCAUGUUGUGAACGGAAAAGAAAAGUUUGGAGUUACAUGUUAGAAGAGGCCCGAGCCAGCAAGAAACAGAAUUCACAGACUGUGAAUAUAAAAUAGUCACAGGAUUUGACUCGCUUGAGGGCUUUUGGGCUAACUGCAAAAUUUUUUUGGCUACCUGCAAAAAAACUAAAUAUACAGGCAUGCCCAACGGAGAACACAUUCUUUUGUAUAAUCGGAACUUGCCUGCCAGCAAAAUAGGCAUAAACAGGACAUGGGGUUCAAACUGUCCAGUUUACUAAUCAUUGCAAACUAAUCUUAUGCAGGAAGAAUCUGGUAUAACUCUGAAUACAGUCGACAGUGUUGAGGGAUUUGUGACGGAAAUCAACAACGGCCAUUGGGAUACAGUGCUUCAAGCUGUACGUCAACCUCUGAAAUUACCUGACAAAACUCUUAUUGAGCUUUAUGAACAGGUAGGAAAAACUCAGUUUGAAAACUCAACAUCGGUUGAAUAGGUUUUCAAAAAACAAUUCAACCAAUGUUGGUCUGGGAACAAACCUGAAAAAAAUGAAAAGCAGGGAAAAAAUCAGAAGAAAAAAAUUGUUCGAAAACUCGGUAAUAUUGAAAAAAAAUGUUAAUAAUUCCACAUACCGUAAACCUCCGACUAUAAGCCCCUACCUCCCCGAAUAUAAGCCCACCACAUACUAACGCUCACCUCAUUCCAAAUAUAAGCCCCCCCCCACCGAAUAUAAGUCCCCUGAAUAUAAGCCCAGUGGCCCACUACGUUAUUCAGCAUUGACAGUGUCUUUUAAUAUAGCAGAGAACAAUAUUUAAAAACAUUGUCAUUGUCUUUAUAGCUUACUAUGUUAAUCAAUGCGUGUUAUUAAUACAUGUUUAUUUUCUUGUUUAUGACCGACUUGUUUAUUACUAACACAAAAGAUCGUCCAUGAUCAGCCCCCCCCCCCAUAUAUAAGCCCCCCCCCCUUGCAUAAGGCCAUCAAAAAUCGCCCAGGGCUCAUAGUCUGAGAUUUACAGUAUUUGUGCACAUGCUUGAUUAGUUGAACAGAAGGCAGAUGUCUGUGAAGACAUGUAGAUACAAAAAUAUUUUUUCUGUUUUUUUUUCCCCUGAACCAAAUGAAAGUAUUUAAUACCUGAACUUAUUUAACUGAAUGGAAAUUAAUUUCUCUCCCAAAUAAGAGGGCAGAAGGAAAUUAGAUAAUAUUUCAUCUAUUAUUGAGUACAUUUUGUUUUUCCAACCAUAUGAAAGAACGACACUUGACAGCCUAAUGGCUAAUGUUGCAUGCUUCAUUCAGAUUGUGCUUGAAUUAAUUGAGCUUCGUGAACUUGGUGCUGCCAGAUCAUUACUUCGUCAGACAGAUCCAAUGAUUAUGUUAAAGUCGCAACAACCUGAUAGAUCCUACAUUUGGAAAACUUACUGGCAAGAUCUUAUUUUGAUCCAAGGGAGGUGAGUGGCCAUGAAUGUUAUUGUGGAAUUUAUAGCUACGGAUAGGUGAAUGUGACUACCACAGUUCGCUGCAAGGCCAUUGUCAAGGAACUGGCCAUGAAAUGUAAAGAUUUAGUUCAUUUAAGUUGUGCUGUUUUUCUCGCAGGCAUACCCUGAGGGAAGUAGUAAAGAACGAAGAAGAGCCGCAAUUGCCCAAGGUAUUGCCUUGGAAAGUUACUAGGAAAUUAAUCCGUAGAAACCGAUAAUCUGCAACUUUCAGGCAGAUCGGUUAUCGGCUAAUCACAUUGACAUAUAUUACCAUGUACCGGCCGUCCAAUAAAUAUAAUUCUGGCUUUUACUUGUGAUAUUUACUCUUCUUUGUCAAGAAAAACUAUGUGGGUUUGUCAAACAGAUUCUCUUUCAUAAAGGAACUGUCAGAUCUACUUACGCUGUUAGUCAUUUACCAGGAUACUUUUCCGAAAUAAAUUGAUUACCACUGUAAAUUGAGUCAAUCUCUUCCUCGACUAUCGUAACGACAUUUCUGUUACUGGCCUGUUAACUUUUGUAAUAUUUUGCUAGCAUUUUGCCCCAAUUUUGAGUGUUAAAAAUUCCUGUUAACAAAUAUCGGUAACCACAGAUAAAUCGGUUUCCUUUACUUCCCAGCUUUAUCCGGUGAGGUGUCGGUGGUUCCACCAUCUCGCUUGCUAGCUCUGCUUGGUCAGGCAUUGAAAUGGCAACAGUAUCAAGGACUACUACCUCCUGGUACUUCCAUUCAUGUGUUCCGAGGCAAGGCAGCUGUACGCGACGAGGAAGAGGAAAAAUAUCCAACACAUCUCAAUAAAACUGUCAAGGUAAUUAUGGAUUUGGCAAAUUUAAAAUUGAUUAUGCAUAUGACCAAUUUUAAAUUGGUUACAGAUAUGACCGAUUUUUAUUGGUUAUUUUGGGUCAUUCAACAUUGAGUGACCAAAAGAAAUUAAAUUUACCAUUUGAAAUUGGUUGAAAAUGCAACCAAUUAUGUAUUGGUCGGAAUGACCAAUACUGAAUUGGACAUUUUAACCAAUUUGUUUUUAUUGUGUAUGCUGUAUUUUUGUUUUGUAAGGUUAUGGACAGUGGCAAUAACACACCCUUCCGGAAAGGACCCCUCACUCAUUUGGGUACCGUACACCCCUGAUCUUGUGAACAUUUAUAGAAUAUUUCUCUAUACAUAAAUGUCCUAGUUUGGUUCGAAAUCCCAUCCAGAAUGUGGUUUGUUCUCGCCCGAUGGACAGUACUUGGUGACUGGUAGUGUCGACGGUUUUAUCGAGGUCUGGAAUUUUACGACGGGAAAAAUAAGAAAAGACUUGAAAUAUCAAGCACAGGUAGGUCCAGGGUAAAUGAACAAAUAAUAGAGAGUUUAAGCUUCGCGUUAUACGUCAAACGGCAAACGCCAGACAAAGAAAAAUUUUACGGUAUCAGGCAAUAAAGAGUAAAUGAACUUGCUGUUUUAAAACUGCAAUGCAUGAUUAUUCUUUCGACACAGCAAAGAAAAUAUGAAACGAAAACGUUCAACGAAAAUUUUGCCAAGAAAGUUCGAAUCUGCCGUUUGGCGUUCCCGAAAACGCGAAGCUUAAACUCCCUAAAGCCUGGUUCACAUAUCCCUGCGGUAUGCCUGCGACUGUAUCAUUAUGCCUCUACUUACCGCCGAAAUACCGGCAAAGUUGAACUCAAGUCAACUUUCCCGGCCUACCGCCGAUGUAACUGAGGCACUGGCGGCAAUCGGCGAACAAAUCUUCACAUAAUUUACGUUUUAAAGCUAGCACCGAUAUCGUCGCCGGUACGUCGCAGGCACGUCGCAGGGAUAUGUGUGAAUCAGGCUUUACAGGGCGUCUACAGUAAGUGGGGCCACUUAGAGAACACUAACCAAUCACAUUGCAGAACAAAAAUUGAAAACGGCGCAUUAGCCAAUCAGCAUUAGGCCAAAAAAAUGUGAACAAAUAAACGAAUGUCAAACGGUGAAAAUAGACUUGUAAAAGUAAACACUGCAGUUAAUGGCUUCCUGAAUCUUUCUUUUGAUUGGACGAGCUUUAGUUUGAUUAGAUUGUUCUUUUUGUUUUGCAAUGCAAUUGGUUAGUGUUCUCUAUGUGACCCCACUUACUGUAAACCGAUAUUACUGCAAAUUGGAUUUAUGAAAAUGAGUAAACAGAAUGACCAAUUUUGGUAAUUUUUAUUCAGGAUAACUUCAUGAUGAAGGAGGAUGCAGUGUUGUGUCUGACAUUCAGUCGAGAUAGUGAAAUGUUAGCCUCUGGUGGGCAGGAUGGAAAAAUCAAGGUUUGUCUUUUAGACUCUCCCGAGUCACGAUGAAAUAGAAAUUUUAAGUUUUAAAGAAAUAAAACAAAACUACUUCCGUCAUUUCUGUUUAUUGCAUGGUCACCACCACAUUGAAAAGAAUUUCCAUAAGUCCUGACCGCGUAGCUCAGUUGGAAGAGCAUUGGGCUAGGGUCCAAAGGUCGUAGGUUCGCAUCCCACCGUGGCCGGGCAUAUUUUUCAAGCUCGCCCGGUGUGGAUAUACACUCAGAGUAACAUCACAAAUAUCAUAUUCACCUGAGUACACAACACCAACACAGAAAAAAAAUCAUAUUACUAGAAUACAUUGGUAUCGAAGGAACUAGAUUCUGUUCCGAAAUAUCACUUACUCGAGCCGUCCUGACCGCGUAGCUCAGUUGGAAGAGCAUUGGGCUAGUAUCCAAAGGUCGUAGGUUCGAAUCCCACCGUGGCCGGGCAUAUUUUUCAAGUUUUUUUGUUUUUUUAAUUGCUUUUCCAUCACUACUGUACAGAAACAUACACACACAUACACAACUAUACAUACAUAACACAAUGACAUAAACUGAGUUGAUGGUUGGGUAUCCGCAACAGCCUGAAACCAAUUACUGCGGGCCCAAAACGUUAAGAGACAAAUAUCAAUAACACAAAUAACAAUUAAACCAUAGAGGCUAAAAACAACAGUUCAUCGAGUUUUUUAAAGUCCUUGCUCUAUUGCAUUUCGGGCAAAUCGUUUUAAAAGUUCGUACAUCAUCACAAUCGUAUGUAUUCGUUAAUGCAGUAUGGUAGUACUCUCGCAUUACCGACUUGAAUGUGUUGAAGUUCACCAUACUCAAGUCAAGUAUGACCGUCAAUGUGUUCCAUGUUCUGAUGGUUCUUAUCCAGUAUCAUCUUUGGUAGGUUGUUGUUUUGCACCGCGGGACUUCGUACUUUACACCUUUCGUGUUAGUGGACGAUCUUGUAUAUCUUGUUGUCUUGGCGUGCAAGGCAAAGGACGAACUGGUAAUGCCAUGAGUUACUUUGAAGAAAUGAAUCAUAUCAAGGUAUUCAUGUCAGUAACAUAUGGGCAGUAGAUGGAGAGUUUGCAAUCUGGAUUUGUAAUUUACUGAACUAAUAAAUGGAAGAUUAAGAAUGUAUUUUGUUGCACGUCUUUAAGGUUUUUCUAGUUUGAGCAGAAGUUCGGUAGAUUGAGGUGUCCAGACUUGCGUCGCGUAACCAAGAUGUGAUCGUACCAGUGACAGGUAAAUGGUUCUUCUUGUUUUAAUGCUGUUAAUUGUUCGUGUGUUCCGUCUGAUGUAGCUAAGCAUUUUAUUUGCUUGUCCACACUGUUCGUUGACAUGCUUGUUCAAUGUCAGAUCGGAAGAUAUCCAGACACCAAGAUCAAGUUCAUGCUUAAUUGAUGCUAGUGGAGCGUCAUUCAUAAAAUAGGUGGUAGGGAUUGGAUUGGUUUUACGGGUAAUGGAUUGUGCCUUGCAUUUUGCUUCGUUGAAUUGUAAGCCAGAUUCAGAUGACCAGAUCCCCAAGUUAGUGAUAUCUUCCUGUAACUUUAUUGCAUCAUUGGGCGAUUGUAUUGCUUUGAAGACUUUGGUAUCGUCCGCAAACAUUGCAACACGACUUGACUUCACAUUGCUUGGCAGAUCAUUGACGUAGAGGAGGAACAAUGCUGGACCAAGUAUUGAACCUUGCGGUACACCACACGUGACAGGAAGUAGGUCUGACGUUGCUCCUAACACUGUAACGCGUUGUUUACGAUUUUCUAGAUAGCAACGAACCCAUCUGAGGAGAUUACCUCCAAAACCAUAGUCUUUCUGCAGCUUUCGUAUUAAUACAUCAUGAUCGACCUUGUCGAAUGCCUUUGACAUAUCCAUAUAAAUCAUGUCUAUAUGUCCUCCACUGUCUAAACACGAUCCAACGUAGUCAAGAGUGUCGAUGAGGUUUGAUAUGCAAGAUCUCCCGGCCAUGAACCCAUGUUGACACAUGUUAAGUUCGCCCGGUGUGGAUAUACACUCAGAGUAACAUCACAAAUAUCAUAUUCACCUGAGUACACAACACCAACACAGAAAAAAAAUAAUAUUACUAGAAUACAUUGGUAUCGAAGGAACUAGAUUCUGUUCCGAAAUAUCACUUACAUGUACUCGAACCGUCCUGACCGCGUAGCUCAGUUGGAAGAGCAUUGGGCUAGUAUCCAAAGGUCGUAGGUUCGAAUCCCACCGUGGCCGGGCAUAUUUUUCAAGUUCGCCCGGUGUGGAUAUACACUCAGAGUAACAUCACAAAUAUCAUUUAGAGAAGUUAUAACGAAAUUACUGUUGCAUUUCAAGCACUUGUUAUUAUAUGAUAUGCCCCCUGCAACAUCAAUACACGUGCAUAAUACACGUGCUCUCAUAUCAUAGAAUAUAUAUUAUCAUUUUAGAAUGGCGGACAUGGACGAGCGGAGACUUUUGUGAAAUCGUGUAGACUAGAGUGUAUUACAACUGAGGUUGAUAGUAUUAUAGCACAGUGCUUUAUCUAUCAAAGAUACGGAGCGAUGUAUACAUGAAUAGAUGCCAGUGGAUAGUUUUGAUAUAAAAUUACAAGUCAGCAGCUGAAUUAUAUCAGCGAGCUUAUUCUUGUAUUAUUAUAUCGCGGUAUAACCCGCGGAAAGGAGAGACCACUCGCAGUCUAUACCAGCUAGCUUAUUCUUGUAUUAUUAUAUCGCGAUAGAGCAAGGUUAACAUGGCCCAAUAAAUAGUAAAUAAUAAAGUAAGAUUGAAAUUUUGCUCCAGAGGUAACAUGCCAGCCAAGCCGGCGAGAGCCAGCUAGUGAACUAUAAAUGUCUGUGUAUAAACUAUCGAGUGUUUGCGGUGAACUAUAAUAUUUUUAAUAGCAGAAAUUUCUGUACUCGGUGACAGCGUAAUCUGUAGUCAGUAAUGUCAGUUCGUAUUGUUUCCGAGACGUUUUGUAAAAUCAGUCAUUCCAAGCUUUUAUCAAACUAUUGGUAUUUCUCACUUUAAUAUGCAGUUAUGGCAAUUUCAUUGAUAAACUGUAAAAUAUUGUAUUGGCAUGUACUAAAAAGCGAAAUGUCUAUCUACGCAGAAUAUUCAUCAUACUGUAUAUUCUAGCAUGCCCAACCCAGACUGCCCCUUUUAUAUAAAUGUAGUCUAAAUAUUCGUCAAAGUAUAUAAGUGAGAGUGCUGUGUUAUUUGACAAAGAAGUUACGCAAGCAAGUAUCAACACAAAUACAAAGUUGUAAAUUCGGGUUGACUGACUUUUAAUGGCUAACGCGCCACCAGAAGAUCUUUCAACCUACGAAUUUGAUCCUUGUUUCCCUUGCCCAUUGGAAGAGCAGCCAGAGACCACGUUAUAAAAAAGGACCAUGCCAGCCAACCGACGUAGAUUAUCCAAAAGACAGAUUUAAUCGAAAAUUUCUCUCAUCGUGGAUGAGUAUUCAAAGUCAUCUGAUAUAGCUUUUGUUUCUACUGCCGAGUUUUCAACGGACAGGUAUAUAACACAUCGUAUAUUUUGAGUAAACACGUCUGGCGAUAUUACAUUUGAA